CUUCCAACGGAGCUCGUGGAGGCGAUAGCAAGCUAUUUACCAUUAACAGAUUUCCGCCGUCUCCGCCUCCUCUGUUCUUCCUUAACUCAGCAGGUUCAUCACCAGUUCAAGCAUCGAUUCUUCCAACAGCACACCCUCGAUUGGACCGUUGCUGGCUUUCAAACUCUCUCUAAUAUUGUCAACGACGACCAGUUCAGGUCUUCUUUGCAAUCCAUCGUCAUCGUUUCCACGCCACUGCAACAGAUGCGGUUAUGGAUGGCGUCAAGACGAGCGGUUGCAAGUUUAUAUCCUGGGCCUCAGACGGAGCCCAGUGAAGAAGAGAUACGGCUCACAGACGAAACUAAUAAGGCUGCAAAGUUCUGGAAUGAAUCGCGGCACGACUAUACUAGCCUUACUGCUACCUUUGAGAGACUCAGAUCCAUUGACUCCAUUGUUUUUGCAUAUGACGGCAUGGAUAAAACGUGGAGCAAAUUUGGGCGAUUCUAUUGCGAGCGGAGCACAAACGAGAUGAGCCGACCCUUUAUCGUUACCAUGGCCGCAAUCGCAGAAUCUCACUUUCAUGUGCGAACGAUGACUAUGCAUGAGGAAAAGAAAUAUGGGGCAGUUGGUAUAGGACGACUCGAAUCUCUCGCACCAAGGUUGUCAACACUCCAGGAUGCUCUCGGCCACAUUCAAACUCUGCGACUUAAUUUGCGGGACUGGCGUUCUCCCGAGGAGGGCUUCGAUCCUCCAGUAAGAAGAACGCCUUUCGUUGUCAGAUUUCUUUCCUGCUUUAAGAAUCUUCGAUCUUUCGAGUUCUCAUGCUAUAGUAGUCUCGAGGACAAUAUCUUCUCGGAAAUGGCGACGCACUGUAAAUUCCCGUACCUAGAACGUUGUGACCUUGGACUCAUUCGCCUGGUCUCCAUGGACGAUCUUUUCAACUUUCUCAACCCAGCGAAGGGUCAUCUACGUAGUCUUACGCUGAGCAACAUGGUUCUCCGAGAUGAAACGGUAUCCUGGUCGGACCUCUUG